GUAGUGGCAACUCACACACACACACACACACACACACACAGAAACCUCCCUUCACACUACCCUCACCACCGCCCUUGAAUCACCACAUUCCAGCGAUAUUACGAGAUAAAGAGGCGAUAAACAAUUAACAAUGUAUUAAAAAAAAGAGACGAGAUAUGAAACUUAACUACGCAACGACUUUAGACUGAAUAUUCGUGCACGUGUGUGUGUGUGUGUGUGUGUGUGUGUGUGUGCUGGCGCCUCACCAGUGUAGCACUACCACUACCAGUCUGGGGUUACUAAGGGUGGCGGGCAGCGGGCGACAGGCGGCGUUACGGUACUGAGGCGCCACACAGCAUGAGGAAACGAGGACAGCGGCGGGUACUGGACAGAGGUGGCGGGAAGGGGGGUGGUGGUGGUGGUGGUGGUGGCGGCGGCGGCGGCGACGGUGAAGGGAAGAACGAGAAGAGGCUGCCCUGGCAACACGAGCAAGGAUCCCCUGGGCAGCGUGUGGCGGCCCUCCUGCUCUCCCCGCGCCUCUCUGACCUCACCAUAACAUUCCCCGGCAGACACAACCCAGUCAAGGCCCACCGAAUGGUCCUGGCAAUGCACUCCCCCGUGCUGGAGGCGGCGCUGUACCGAGGGAUGGGGCCAGGGCUGCAGGUGCUGGUCAGUGAGGACCCUCCCGAGGCGUUCCUGUGGCUGCUGCGUCACAUGUACCGCGGCCCUGCCCCCCUGCCCUCCCUCGGCCUGGCCCUGCAGCUGGCUGUGCUCGCCAAGAAAUACCAGGUUGCCGCCCUCGCCAAGCAGUGCUCCGAGUACCUCCAGGACCACGUGGCUCGCAGCACAGUACUUAGCAUCUAUAAUGUAGCCACAGCUCUCAAGGAUCCCAAACUGUUACUACGGUGCAUUAAGACGGUGCGAGAGAGCGGUACGGAGCUCCUGGUGUCAGCGGACGUCGGGGAGCUGGAGCGGCCUGCCUUAGCAAGUCUUCUGAAGCAUCUCAAGCACGUGCCUCACUCCUUAGUCUUCCGCUGCAUCAUUACCUGGGGCCAAGUGCGCAUCGCUUCCCGUGGCGUGGACCCAAAUCGCAGUCUUCUGAAGGAGGAAGUGGAGGAGUUCCUGCCACGCGUCAGCUUCCUGGCCAUGAGCACGCAGGACUAUGUGGCGCACGUGAUGCCCUCCGGCGUGUUCAGCCCUGGGGAGGACCUGGCCAUCCUGCUCAACAUGGCUGGGUACAAAGUUAACCUACCGCAGGAGUGCAUUGUAGGAGGAGGAGGAGGAGGAGGAGGAGGACAGGAGGACAGUGGUGGUGGUGGUGGUGGUGGUGGUGGUGGUGGGUCGGUUUCCAAAGCUUUGAGUAAAAGGAAGGAUCUAUUCACAAAGUUCCAUUGAUAUUUCCAUUCCAUUGUUUCCUCUUGCACACACACACACACACACACACACACACACACACACACACACACACACACACACACACACACACACUACAGCCAUUCAUCCUCGCCUCCAUCGUGUCUCAUCUCCAAUAAUAUGUUCGCUCGCCACCAUCUGUCACCACCACCACCGCCACCACCUCACCAUCACACGAGUCUAUUCUCUCACCACAGACUCAAAAUUCUCACCAUUCUCACCAUCGUGUUUGUGCAUCUGUCUUCCUCCCAGUGUGAAUGACAGUGAAUGAUAGUGAAUGAUGUUACAAUAUCUGUGUUUUGGAAUGUGAUAUUUUAUGAUCUGUGAAUGAGAAUGUGAAAAUGAGUGACGAGAACAAAUAUACCGUAUGAAAGUUUAACAGUUCCUAUAACAAAUUUUAAAUGUAAAAAUGCCUGAAAAAAAUGUGUAUAGUUACUUUUAUAUUGAAUUCAAAGUGGAAGAAUUAUUCUCACCAAAUGAAAACAUCUGAUACAAGAAAAUAUGUAUAAAAAAUAGCUUUUCCUUCAAAGUGUGAUGUAAUAAAUGGAAAAAAUUGUACAAAAAACGUAGAUCAUAUGGUAAGUUCCUUGUAAUUGUUCUACUUAGCUCAAGUUGUCCGGCACACUACACCCACACCGCUGACUGACUCACUCAUAACUCACUUUCACCACCGCCACCACCACCACCACCACCACCUCUUCCCUCAUCCAUCACUGGGCGUCUGUCUGUAAUCUAUAAGUCUUUAUAAUCUUCCCCUUCCUUUCAUAUCCGACUCUACAAAUCAUAAUAUAGGUAAUCCAUAAUCCCCAUACCUCUUCUCCCUCUCUCCUCUCCCUCUCUCUCUGUCCCCUCCUUCCCUUCACAUAACUCUCUCGUCCUCCUUCCGUUCCUUCCUUCCACACAUAGUCUUCCUUCCCACUUACCUCCUUCACCUCCACAUGCCUCCUAAUUUCCUCCUUCCCUUCCACAUUCUCCUCAUCCCUUUCUCACUCUGAAUUCCCUCCAUCCAUCCCCUCAUCCGUCCCUCUGUCCUCUUCCUCUUCCCUCUCCUCUCCUCUAUCCCUCCGUCCCUCCUCCUCUGCCUCCUCCCCUCUCUGUCUCUCCCUCCUUACUCUUCCUUCUCCUCUGCCUCUUCCUGUUCGUCUUCCAGCAUGUCUCGGCAGGUUAAUAAAAAGGAAGAGCAACCUCAUCUCUCGCCAAGGGAACAAAGCAACUCCUACGUAAGCAAGUGAAGAAAAGUAAGGCAAAGACUGACGUGAAAAUGUUGAUUGUUGGAGUGAAUGUGAUUUUAUGCUGAAUACCGAACAAGUAUUUUCUGAAUA